GAAGAACUUGAAGAAAUAUGGGUGGUUGCUGGCGGAACAUUCAAAGUUCAACAUUGGAAUUCCUUGUCCCCCUAGUCUGUGGUAACCGUAACAAUGCCCAUAAUCGAUACCAAAAUUGAACUUAACAAAGACCUCUCGCUUGUCACAUCAGCGACUGGCGAGAACAGCCUCCACAGAGCUCGUCAAGACGACCUGCACUGCCUCCCUGGCCAGGCUCGAACAUCCCUUGACAACGUUCCUCUAAAAAAAUACCUCAGGGAAGCUCUUUUAGCUCCAAAUCUCGAUAAGAUAGCUCUAUAUCUUUGGCUGGCAGUCACGCCAGACAGUGGCCACAUCUCUCCCCUCCACUUCCAAGCGGCCCGAGGCCGCAGCGUUACCGUUACCGAGAAUGCCUACCUUCACCUCGUAUGGCAUUAUGACCAGAUAUUUAUCAAACCUCUCCCGGCGUAUCUCCUCUCAUCUGCCUUCUGGGAAUACGUCGAGAAAACAGACGAAGAGGUGAGGCGGGCCGCGACAGGCUUCUUGCGAACAUACUCCUACCUUAUAAAAUAUGAAAUCGAUUUUCGAAAAGCCCAGAGUACGGAGCUAGGGCUUAUACCGACUAAUGACGGGGCACAUCCCAUCACGUACGAGCGAUUUGCACAGUUCAUCGCUCCGUUCGCAGAGAUUGAUGACGAUAACGUUACGCCUCGCUAUCAAUAUGGAGAGAUCCGCUUGUCCCGUUUGAACUGGUUUGCGCGCUUCUUGCUAGGAAGAUUGACCUAUCAUCAUAUUCACGCUCAGUGGAAUGAGUACCUUGGCAGGGUCCUAGCACCAUUCCUGGCUCUAUUCUUACUACUGUCCACGGCGCUCACUGCCAUGCAAGUAGAGCUCGCAGUGCAAAGCGCCCCUAGCGUUUCUGGGAACUGGGGCGAAUAUACUCAGAUGUGUCGUUGGGUAUCUGUCCUUGUUCUUAUUCUUAUUAUCGUGGUUUCUGCUCUGUUAAUCUUUUUUGUACUAUUUAUGUUUAUACAUGAUCAAGUCUUUGCUCAAAAAGUUUUACGCCAGAGAAGAUCUAAACAGAGAAGGUUAGAGACUAGUUUGAAAUCAGGUGUGGUUUAAAAUCGAUUCUAGUAGGAAUGCUAGCCAUCUUAAUAUACCUAACAUAGUCCCUAGCAGCCUUUAAAACGGCUUAACAAAUCAUAGCUCUCG